UAAUUUCCUUUUCUUUUUAUUUAGGAGCUGGUCUGUAGUGGGGAUAAAAUAGAACCCAGGAUUGAUUGAUUGAUUAAUUAAUCGGAGGAUGAUUCUAUUAGUACGUAGCUUGCCGCUGAGUGCCUCGAUAUAUCGAUCUUCCUCCCGAAACCAACUGUAGCAACAAGCUAGCUGCCUAAAACACUUGACGCCUUCCUCCCUUCUUUCCCCAUCAUAUCCAUCGGUCUCGUCAAUUCCUACUACCUUCCUAGUACCAUCCAUCCAUCCAUCUAUCUAUCUAGUAUCGAUUAGCCAAAGCUCUAUGUAGCUUCUAAUAGUUACUAGCUAGACACCUUUAUUAGUCUUCUUCUUGGCCAUGCAUCAAAAUUCUUCUCUAGUAGCUUAAUUGCUAGUCUUCCUUGAAGCUUCAAAAUUCAUUCCCCUCAUGGAUCAUUUUCGGUUCUUGGAAGUUUCUUCUUUCACCUCCUAGCUGCUGAUUCUUCUUGUUUGCCGGCAGGAAGAGCAUCUAGUCUUGUUAAUUAGUCGUACCUUCCUUCCCGGAAACUUCAUUAGCUCCACCGAUGGUGAUGUGAGAAGGGAGGGAUCAGGCACCAUACAAUAAUACAUAAUCCAAGGAAUUAAGCUCAUCGAUCGAUCAUCUCAAACAUCGAUCAUUCGUUUUGUUGUAUAUUAGUUAGUUGUGCAUCAUAGCCUAGAUUCAUACAGGAGCGUAUAUCGGUGGCUGCCUUGCCUUGCCACGCUCCGGUCCAUCGAGCAGCAAAUUGAAGGAAAGCAAAGGGAAAUAAGGAUGCAGGAUGACACCGCGCGCACGGUGAACGCAGCCGCCGUCGUCCUGGCCGCCGCCAGGAGCACCACAGGCCUCCACCAGCAGCAGCUCGGCGACCACACCUGCACGGCCACGAGAGGGAGCCUUUCCCCCCUAGGACCUAGGUAGCGAGACACCCUGUUGUAAGCAUCAGUUGUUCAUUGCAAUCACGAAAGAAAUCUCCACCAGCUUUGCGCCUCUUGUUCUUGUGUUCUAUUUUUUGGUUCGAGCAGAGAGGGAGAUAUCUUAACUGCUGAUAACGUUAUUCAACACGUUAUCCGCACCUCGCUCUACCAUUAUCGUCAUCAACUACAUCUACUUUGUCGUCGUCGUCGACAACACAAGCAUCUAAAUUGUCAAUAGCGAGAUUGGAUUGUCUGCCUACUUCCGAUGUACAUAGCAUCGCGCUACUUGUUGCGUCAUGCGAUCUACCAGCAUCACACCUUACGUGUGAUGCAGAUUAAGAAGAGAUGGUGGUCGCGACUGAAGGCGAAGCUGCAGUGCUUCCGACCCCACGGCCACCCCCAACGCAUCGCCGACGCGGUCUCCACGUCGCCGGAGCCGACCGAGCAGGCGGCGGCCAGCUCCAGCAGCUACUACACCCGCCACGCGCCGCAGUCGUCGCUGGCCUUCGUGGCGCCGCCGCCGUCGCCCGCGUCGUCUGUGCUCACCUCGGAGUCGCCGUCGCCCGUGGUGCUCCUGAACACGAGCAGCUACAGCUCGCCCACGGCCUCCAUCUUCGCCAUCGGCCCGUACGCACGUGAGCCGCAGCAGCUGGUGUCGCCGCCGGCCUUCUCCGCGGGCUUCACUGAGCCGUCCACCGCGCCGAUCACACCGCCGCCGGAGUGUCUCCACCUGGCCACCACCCCGUCGUCGCCGGAGGUCCCCUUCGCCCGCUUCCUGUCGCCGUCCACGGCAGAGCCAGAGCAGCACUGCGGGGGCACGGAGGGGUUCCACGCGUACCAGCUGCACCCGGGAAGCCCCAUCGGCGGCCACCUCGUGUCGCCGGGGUCGACCUCCUCCUCGCCGCCGGUCUGGAUGUUUGAGGCUGAGGAGAUGGCGUCGCGGAAGCUGCACCGGCGCAACGAGGGGUCGCUUCUUGAUGGUGGGCGCAUCCCGGAGGCGGAAGGUGGCGCUGAGGCGAGCACCGGGAUCGGCAGCGCGAGGAAUAAUGAGACGUGCGAUGAGGUGGCUAAGAGCGGUGAGUUUGUGUUCGGCUGCGUGGACGGGUGGUCGACGGGUUCGGCCGGCGGUGGAUCCACAGACAUGAGGGGCGGCGGAGGGGGAGACACGACUGAGGGUCGCAAGCAGCAAUGGCCUUUCUUCCUUCCACAUACAUGAUCGAGCUCCCACCCAGCUGUGAUAGAUGCAUUUUUAUUCUUACCUAGAAUUAAUUAACUCACUUGAGACUCUGGAUAACAAUGGCGUCGGUACGGUGCAAUUUGGUACUGAGCUAGCCAGUGCAUUGUCUAUCGAUGGAGAAGAGUCUCUCUCUAUAUAUAUACAUAUACACUUAGUA